CUGCUUAACAUGCUCAUCGUGCCAUUGAACUGUGGGUAAUACUUUCUUGAACCAAUCAGAGGCACAUUCAAUUAACAGCACCUGGUACAUCAGCUGAUGAGCCCCUGCUGGACGCAAACACAGGAGGCACAUUUUAGGAGUUUUCUCUUGUUUUUCCUCUCACGCUCCCUCGGGCCUUUUAAAUGGAAUCAAAUGUGGAUAAGCAGUUUCCUGCACCUACGCCAUACUUCUUACCAGAGGACUGUAAAUCGGGUCAAGAUGUCAAAGUCUACAAAGUCCACUCACCUUUCACCUGUCCACCACCACCACCACCACCAGCACAGCCACCACAACUGCCUUCCUCGUCCUCACCUUCAGGAGUUUGCUUGCCCAACAAUAUUUUCUCAGCUGUACCAGUGUAUGAUGCCCCUUUACGCACACCCAGGGCAAAGUUUGUGAGCUACGAAGCUGAGCUGCGACGCUCUCCAGGUCUGGCAACCUGCCCCUCCUGCAGGACUCGGGUCACCACAGAGGUCACCUUUAAAGCCGGGACUUUUGCGUGGCUCAUGUGUCUUGUGUUUGUGUUAUGCGGGUUGGUGCUCGGCUGCUGCCUGAUUCCAUUUUUUGUAAACCACUUCAAGGAUGCCUACCACAGUUGUCCACGCUGUCGACUGGUUCUUCACGUGCACAAGAAGCAGUGCUGCGAGUGAACACACAACUACUGGAGUCAAAUGCACGUUUAGACAUAAGAGCACAUGAGUUCCCAUCGUGUAAAAUUCGAUAUUUUAAAUGUUUUAAUCAAAUUGUGAAAGAAUCCUAUUAAAUAAAUGUGUUCUGUGCCACUCUUUCAUGCUUUAUUUCUUUGUUUUAUUUAAAAUGCAGAGCAAGGAGAAAAGCUUAAUGCUUCAUUUGACCUUUGUUUGCAUAGUUUGUUCCCUGCACAUCCACGGACAUCCAAACAUCCAGCGAGGAUUAGGCCUGCAUGUGCACCUGUACUGUGCAUAGUAAACGUGCCCUCACUAAUCACUCUGGAGGAUUAGAGGUGUAGGUUUAUUUUAGAUGUUUGAGCCUCAGGGUAAUGAGCAUCAUACAAGCCCUUUCUUUUUCUCUUUUUUUUUUAAAGCAUGCCAACAACCUCCCCCUUAAAACUCAGGUGUAAGGCAUCAGGAAAUGUUAUUGUAGAUGAGCACUGGUGGAUCCGGGAGGCAGUGACGCACUUGCAGCCAGCUGACCCUUGCAUGGCUGAAGAUGCAUCAGACGAUCUCGCCUCUGUCAGUACAUCACUUUCCUCCCUAGUCCCCUCUUCUUUUUUCUUUCGACACUUCACAAGCAAAAGUGAACUGCUCUCCUACUUGAUGCUGUGCGUUGCCAAAAUGCCUUUCAUACCGCCAGUGUCCAUCGCGCGCUCCGUGUCAGGACUUGCUGGGAAGGAGAGACUCACCAACAACACUUCACCUGUAUCUGCUGUGACCAAAGCUAAAGCUUCGAAAGAAGACAAAGGCGGCUCAGUGAAGGAGAGGCUGGCUUUGAACUUGAAACAACUGGGGAAGAAGAGUCAGCCCAGGAGUAAUCUGCCAACAACUAAAGGAGUGUCAGGGGCAAACGGAAGGGAAGGCUCGCUGCCUUCAUCCCAGACGGGCAGCUCUCCUGUCACCAGCUCAGAGAGUCUGUCUAAAAGACAGCAGCACAAACACUCCGGUCACACUUCUGUAAAGAGUGACUCACAGGUGAAGCCUGUGAGGACCAAGGAUCAGCAGGAGGUCCGUUUCACUCUGACUCUCACACCCGAGGCUGUCCUCCUGCUGCAGCGGAGGAACAGCGAGAGACACCGGCAACGUUCAGCCGCCAGAAAUCCCGCGAGUGGAGCCACUUUGGCUCCCGGAGGAGCCACGGAGUCCCGACGCAGGAGGGAAAACGUGCCCAAAAGGCAGCGAAACGGCUCUCACAGCGGCAGAGUCACCGCUAAAAACAGCACUGACGCUCAGCUCGGAGACAUAAGCUCAAUUGUGAAAAUCUCCCUUUUGAAUGAGCGGCACAAGUACGACGACGUGGAGUACGAAGAAGAGGAGGACUACGGCGUGGAUGAGCGCGUGGUGCUCAAAUGUACAGAGUGGCUACGUGGGCUGGAAAACGCACCAGUGACGGCGGGGAACAGGCCGAGUCGGAGCGCGAGCAGCGUGAAAAGUUUCUGAAGGUGACUGGAAACGAGCGAGCGCCCGGGAUUAAAAUGAUUGCGCGUUGUCAUUGUAACUGUCAGGUUUCCCUCAUACAUAUUUCUAGGAUAAAAACUGUGAUGUGAUAUGUCAUUUAGCAUGAUAGUGUCGUGGCUAUCCCUUUGUCCUAUUGGAUUACAACUUUAAGGACUGUAUGCAGAAAAAAAAUAUUUAUUUAUUUUCAUUUGUUUUUGUUUUUUGAGCCUUGGGUGUUAAGAUCCCCUGAAAUAUUUAGUGAAAUAUAUAUUUUCAUUGACGCAUGGCUUUCUAACAAGGUGCAAAUGCAAGGAUGAGAAGACACAACUGUUCACUGACUGCCCGAGCAUGCGCUCUGAGCGGCAGUGCACAGAGCAACACAGCUGCUGCAAAAAUGUGUAACCUAUAGAGUGAUGCUCGGGCCUCAGGAGGAUUUGCACGUCACAGGAUCGUCUCUAAUGGCUUCGAUAAAGAUCUCGCACAAGAUGACACUUUAUCCGCAGUUAUGCAAUGUCAGAGGAGUAACCGAUGAAGUGAAAUUAAAGGGAAAGUCAGCGUUUACUUUGAUUUUUAAUGCUUUUCCUUCGUCUUCUGUGCUGUCAAUUUAAAUUUCACAGCUAAGCAGUUUGCACCUUUACCGUCAUUUGAUCAGUAUCACGUUUUUGUAAGACUUGCAUUCAGUAAAAAAAGAAAGAAAGAAGUUAAAAACAGGGAAACCUUUAAAACUUUUUAAGGAUAAAUCAUUUGUACUUUUGUUUUUAUAGCCAACACUGUCUAAGAAAGCACUAAGUAGCUUUCUAUGGAUUUAAGAGGUUUGCUUGGCAGUUGUCAGACAUUCCCUCGUGCGCACACCAAGUGCGCUUAGUAUAUCAGCUUAUCCACCUGGGAGUCAAAUGUUACAACACGUGUGAUGGUUAAUUCUGUAGAGCAGGGCCCUUAAUCAUAAGGCCAAGGGCCAGCAUUGGCUGGGCAAAGACUCGACUCCAGUCCACAGGACGGUUGAGGAAGAUGUGAAGGAGGGACUUUUAACUGUGACGUCUUGGGUAUUCAUACUACACUGAAGUAAUUACAUAAGAUAUAACAAUUAAAUGAAAGUCUUGAUGCAAGCUCAAUCAUCAAGGUAAGCAAAUCCCAGAAAGUUGUUUAUCUGGAGGUUAUGUUUCCAGUGGGAGAAAUAUUUCCUCCUCAUCCAAGUGACUUCUUAAGAAAUGACAAAAAGUUUCUCCCACUGAAAACCCAAAGUCCAGAUGAACAGAACAUUCUGGAAUUGAAUGACAGAAAAAAUGAAUGUUUUUCAUUGUCUCUUUAGAAAUAUGAGUUUUUUAUAAUGUAAACAAAUAGGAUAUUUUCUGAGAAUGAACAAAAACUUUCAGUUUUGUAAUUACAGGAGAGUCUGAGCAAUGAGCUAAACCAAACUUUUAUUUAGUUUCAUACAUUUUUUUUAUUCGUGCUGACAGGUUUCUUCCAUCUACUCUGACGACAUUUCUUUAUCAUGCAAAAAACCUGAGAGACACUGUUGAAAUUGCACUUGUUUUUCUUCUAUGAUAUUCCAAGGGACUUUAAAUGGACAGUUAGACGUCUUUACAAUGACACUAGUGUGGUCCACUUAACAUCAAUGUGGGCAGCAUGUGACCCAGGAAGUAAAAUGAGUUUGACAUCCCUACUUUAGAGCUUAAGUGAGUAAAAGAUUUUAAAUGUAAUGUUUUACAGUAUAAAUCGAACUGAAAUAAUAAAUUAAAUAAUAGUACAA